AUGCCAAACUGUUUUGGCAAUGAAAGUUCACGGCCGCUGAUUAAUGAGGAGGUUGAUGAACAGGGCUAUGAAAGUGGAGGGGCCCUAACGGUCAAGUCGGUGACCGAGGGCGGCACUACAACAGAUGAAGAAAUCGAGAGCCGUUUAAGUCGGCGUUCUUCUGUAUUGGUUGACUUAAUGUCAUUGUUCCGUCGGUCGUCUAGUGUUUUGCAACGACAUACGUUAAGUACGAAAUUCAUGAGUGGAGAUGAAGAGGACGAAGAUGACGAGGAGGAAACUAGAAAUAUGUCGAAAGAUCGAAUUCUUGAAGCAAUUCGACAUAAAAGGGAGAUUAUUGGUAAACUGCGUAGUCAGCCAUGGAGCAUGAAAAGAAAAAGGAGAACGCUGAAAGUAGCGCAGAGGCAUCUUCAAAGGCAAGAGGCAAAAGUUUCCAAAGUUCGCUUAUAUAAGGCAGAAGCUGGGAGGAAGUUAACUCAAAUGAGUAGAUGGUUUGAUAAUUUCAAAAUUUAUCUCAUUCCCUGGGAAGCCAAGAUUAAAAGAAUAGAAAGUCAUUUUGGUUCCGUUGUCUCUUCAUACUUCACCUUCCUUCGAUGGACCUUGGGCGUUAAUAUAAUUAUGACCUUAAUCAUGUUGUUGUUUGUCAUCAUUCCUGAGUGGUUGGCUGAUUCUCGAAUGGAAAUCGGCUCUGAACGGUAUAAUAGAACUUUUGCAAUGAAAGUCAUGCCACCAGAUGUUCGCAAGAGAGCUGACGAGAUUUCGACAGUUUGGGACUUUGGAGGAUACGUACAGUACUCACUUGUGUUCUACGGCUACUAUUCACGAGAAACAUUUUUUGGUGAAACAAUCAAAUACCGAGUCCCAGUCGCUUACUUCUUAGUUAAUAUCUUUGUUCUUGGCUAUAGUUUCUUCACUAUAUUAAGGAAAAUGGCAUCUAAUGCUAGGAACAGUAAGCUAUCUAGUGGUAAAACUGAACAAUAUCUAUUCAACUGGAAAUCAUUCACUGGAUGGGAUUUCACAAUUGGUAAUGCCGAAACGGCUGGCAAUGUCCAUAUGGCUAAUGUUAUCAAAUUCCGGGAAGCUAUAGCUGAAUAUAACGUUAAUAUGAAGAAAAAAUUCCGAUGGGUUCAAAUCUUUCUACGAUUAGUAGCCAACAUUAUUGUAUUCCUUAUGAUGGGUUUCUCUGUUUGGGUCAUUUUAGCAAUGAGCAAGAUUAAAGAAGCCGAUACUUUCAUCAAACAGAAUGCGGUCUCGAUCACUGUGUCUUUCAUUACUUUGAUUUAUCCGAAUAUAUUUGAUUUAAUUGGUAAAAUGGAGCAAUACCAUCCCCGCUCAGCUCUUCGUAUUCAAUUGGCUAGGGUAUUAUGUUUGUAUAUUGUUAAUUAUUAUACUCUCAUCGUUUCACUUAUGAUCAAAUUGAAUGAUUUGGAAAGCGAGCGGAAAGUCUUAGAAGAUUCUCAUAAGUUAGCCAUGGAAAAAAGUAUUCUUCAUCAUGCUGGUAAUGCUUCUUUCUCAAGGUCUCUAAGACAAAUAUUAGGUCUUCCAACUCCAACUCCUCAUCAGUAUUUCCGUUAUGAACCUGUAACUACAACUCCAAAACCACCACCAGUGUGGACAACUGUUUUCUCAGACUUUGGACCUCUUGGUGUUUCUAAUCCUAAAGCUGUCAUGUCGAGGGAUAAUUUGGACCAUAAUGGGCCAAUUGUAGUGACUCAGGUUCUUGGUCCCAAUCUUAACUGGAACGCAACGGAAGUGCGUGUUAACUAUUCGUCAGGUCCAAGCGUUACAUACACACAAAACUAUCGGAUGCCUGCUUAUAAAGAUAUGUGCUGGGAAACCAUUAUUGGCCAGGAAAUUACAAAGCUAGUUACUAUGGAUCUAUUGAUGACAAUUGCAGCCAUCUUGGUCAUAGACUUUUUACGUGGUUUGAUGUGUAGGUAUUGUAACACAUGGUGGUGUUGGAAUCUGGAAAAAACAUUCCCUGAGUACGGGGAGUUCAAAGUAGCAGAGAAUGUUCUUCACUUGGUGAACAAUCAAGGAAUGAUUUGGUUGGGCCUAUUUUUUGUACCCAUGCUCCCUAUAUUCAAUAAUAUUAAACUAAUAAUACUAAUGUAUGUUCGUGCAUGGGCAGUGAUGACGUGUAAUGUGCCUGCUCGUCAGAUUUUCCGAGCCAGUCGAUCUUCAAACUUUUAUCUCAUGCUCCUCUUGCUUAUGUUAUUUCUCUGUACGUUACCGGUAGGCUACGUUAUAGCAUCGCGGAAACCUAGCAAAAUGUGUGGGCCAUUUGGGGAUCAGACGCACUUCUACAGCGUAAUCACUAAUGUGCUUAAUGAAAACUUGCCUGCGAACCUAGUAGAAGCCAUUAAAUAUAUGAUGUCACCAGGAAUUGUUAUCCCAGUUUUGGUUUUGUUACUUUUGGUCAUUUAUUUCCUUUUUGCUCUCAUUCGUGGUCUUCGUGAAGCCAACACUGAUUUAACUACUCAGCUCAUGCAUGAACGAACAGAAGAGAAGAAGAAAAUUUUUGAAUUGGCUGGAGGCAAAAAGAAACAAGAUAAGGGUCGCUUGCCAAAGAACUUAAAGAACGAGGCUAGCGUGAAACCUGUCUUCAGUACUGGAAAUCAGUAUUCAUCGGAUGACGACUCUCAAUCUCACUCAAGACCUUCAAAGAGAAUGGAACGUCAUUUCGUUCCAUCUUUGGGAUCUGUUUCGGAAGUUGAUCAUAGUGACGGAGAGGAACAUGAGGAUGAAGAUUUAAGCGAACAUCAACAUCCUCCUCCUAAAUUAAGUAUACGACAACAAAUACUUGUUUGUAUUGGUUGGGCGGACCCGAGAGAAUAUGAUCCUGUUAUAAUGGAAGAGCCCAUGCAACUAGAAGAGGGCAGAAACCGAUCGAAAGAGCGUGGAAUAUUGGAAGAAGAAGAUGAAGAUGAAGAGGACGAAGAGGACUCUGAUCGCCAUAGUUCAGAAAACCGAUACCUGCUGCCAAAAAUGGAAAGAAGUGCGGAUAAGAAAGAACGUUCUGAUCCCAGUCGAAAAAGUGAAGAAGAAAUAAAACGUUCCCUAACACAUGAAAUGAAUGACUCGGGUGGUCGGCAUUCUAAAGGUUCUGAUGAGAAAAGUCACCGUAGUGGUCGAGGAGGAUAUCACAACAUAACUUCUCAGCUAGAAGUAGACACAACACAUCCAAGAAUAAUAACGAACCCAAUGGACGAUUAUGAACAGAGACGAACACACUCAGCUGCUCCAUAUCGUGAGACGGAUGAAUUGGAUUCUUAUACAAAUAGUGUAUCACAAACAGCCUCUUUGCCUGUAGCACAGUUGGAAGAAGCUAUUACGAAUCAGCAAAUUGAACAAACUGCUCGUAGAUUGUUACAGCCUAUUCGUACUGAGCAUACUGCUAUGUAUGGCGUUUUACCCAAGAACGAAAGUGGUUCGAACUUGGAUCCAACUCGUCCACCUUCAGCGGAUGGCUCCUUAUCAGAUCCUUCACCACUUCCAGAAAGUACUUGGUACACUACCAACCCUCACAGUAGUUAUACUUCGGCGAUGAUGUCGCCUAUAAUGGGAGACAUGCUGUCAACGGAUGAGGGCACGGAUGACGAGAAAGCUCGAUUGAUACCGGACCGGCCUCUUGUUAAUGAUAGUCCGAAGCCUCCUCGAGCACCCGAAACACCUCGGGCACCACGGUUUAGAAUCUCUAUGUCUCCUCCACGGAAAAGAAUGGAAUCGGACUCGGAUGGUUCGACGCGUCGCUUCGAAAUGCGCGUUGGUAAAUCGACCGAGAAAGGCUCAUCGAAUCGUUCCCCUUCAGGAGAGCGUCGACAAGGAGCUUCAUCAUCUUCGCGUGAGCGACGACAGAUAGAAAAAUCAAAUGAGCGGGCAGAUGUUUAG